AUGGUGUGGUGCCGAUUCGAUAUUUCUAAAGGACAUCGGUAUCGAGUGGCCCCUCCGAACCUUCAACCACAAGUACACCAUCUUCGUAAGUUGCAUGGAAGCCAAACUUCUUUGUUGCAUUCCGAGCAACUUAUUCGUGACUUUAGGCUUCCUGUGGAGUUGAGCCCCAGUUUUACAUUGAACCCAGGAGAUGUGAAAAUGGUCCACCAUCUGCGCAGUGGUGGCAAACUAGUGAUACAGAAGAAGAAAAACGGCGACGUUGCCUAUGCGCUAAAUUGUCCUGAUGGCAGGAAGGUGUUCCUGGAGAAGACGAAGGAAAACGCCGUCUUGUCGCUGACCGAUGCACAGGGACAUUCAAUCAAAACAUUAGCUUGUGAAUUCUAG